GAACUUUGACGGUGCCAUGAGAGGACAAAAAAAGGGUAGUUAAGGAGCCUCUUAAUCUCGCGAUGCCAAUGGGUGUUCUUGCUUCGUGUCAACUGUGAGAGUUUUCCCAUUCUCGCGCGAUUUAACAACUUUCCCACGCCUGUUGUUUUGGCGUGUGCUUUCUGUGUCACCCCAUCGCCACCCUUUCCUCCCUCCCUCCCACUCCUCUCACUCUUUUCCUCCAUCACGUCUCGCUCCGUCACUCUGCUCUCUGCCGGUAUGGUUUUUCUGAAGCGGAUUGGCUUGCUAAGAGUUUGGGGGUGGGAUCUCGCGAUUGUUGGAUUUUUUUUUUCCGAGGGGGAGGGAGGAAGGGAGAUUCGAAGAUGGCGCCCGUCGUGACGGGGAAGUUCAGUGAGCAACAUCUGCCUCGACGUUUAACAAGAGAGGCUAUGAGGACUUACUUGAAAGAGAAGCAGGAUCAAACAGUGCUCAUACUGCAUGCUAAAGUGGCGCAGAAGUCAUACGGAAAUGAGAAAAGGUUUUUCUGUCCUCCACCAUGUGUGUAUCUGAUGGGGACGGGUUGGCAGAAGAAGGUGAAGGAUUUAGUGAAGGAUGGUUGCUCUGAGCAGGAGGCCCAGCCUUAUGUCUUUAUUGGGAUAGGCAGCAGUGAGCAGGACAUGCAACAGCUCUUCCUGGAAGGAAAGAACUUCUGCACAGCUAAGACGCUGUACAUCAGUGACUCAGACAAAAGAAAGCACUUCAUGCUAUCUGUGAAGAUGUUACACGGAAACAGCUCGGAUGUCGGAGUUUUUCCCAGCAAGAGGAUCAAAGUGAUCUCCAAACCCUCCAAGAAAAAACAGUCCCUAAAAAAUGCAGAUUUGUGCAUAGCUUCUGGGACUAAAGUGGCCUUGUUCAACCGCCUGCGUUCCCAAACAGUCAGUACCAGGUAUCUUCAUGUGGAGGGGGGGGACUUUCAUGCUAGCUCCCAACAGUGGGGGGCCUUCUACAUCCACCUGUUGGAUGAUGAUGAAUCUGAAGGAGAGGAAUUUACUGUGAAAGACGGCUACAUCCACUAUGGUCAGACGGUGAAAUUAGUCUGCUCUGUCACUGGCCUGGCCCUGCCUAGACUGAUUAUCCGUAAAGUGGACAAGCAAGCAGCACUGUUGGACGCGGAUGACCCAGUAUCUCAGCUUCACAAGUGUGCCUUCUACCUGAAAGAUACAGAGAAGAUGUAUCUCUGUCUUUCACAGGAGAGGAUCAUCCAGUACCAGGGUACUUCAUGCCCCAAAGACUCUCGCAAGGAAAAUAUUAACGAUGGCGCAGCGUGGACUAUAAUUAGCACUGACAAAGCAGAGUACACAUUUUAUGAAGGCAUGGGUGCUGUCCAAACACCGGUCAGCCCUGUCCCUGUGGUGGAAAGUCUCCAGUUAAAUGGUGGAGGGGAUGUGGCCAUGCUGGAAGUGACGGGACAGAACUUCACCCCUAACCUCAGAGUGUGGUUUGGAGAUGUGGAGGCAGAAACCAUGUACAGGUGUGGGGAGAGCAUCCUCUGUGUAGUUCCAGACAUCUCUGCCUUCAGGGAGGGGUGGCGCUGGGUGCUACAGCCAGUUCAGGUGCCCGUCUCGCUGGUCCGCAAUGAUGGAAUAAUCUAUCCUACGGGCCUGACUUUCACCUACACUCCCGAGCCGGGACCUCGGCCUCACUGCUGUGCCACCGGGAUCAUCCUUCGAUCAAACAGCAACGCUUCCUCAUCACCAGCAUCUUCCUCUUCGCCUUCAUCCUCGAUGGGUGGUCACGGGGAUGGCCACAGAGCCAGCAACUGCAGUGACUCAGGCGUGUCGGCACUGACGUAGUCGGCGAUGCUUUGUGGUUAUGCUCUGAAUGACUGAGUCGGGAAAGGAUGUGCAGUUUUUCCCAAAGAGGUUCAAUAGACCCGUAAAUCUGUGCUGAAUUCCUAAAGCUCUAUAUUUUUAGAGCAACUGUGAAAACACAAGGAAUUCUUAAAAGAGUUGAAAAAGGAGAGUUCAAAGAAAAAAGCUCUUAUUAACCAGGUUUGGCUUCAGCACACUCUGGUGGUGAGAUGUGGACAUGAGCCCCACUCAGACUGAUUUCCCAGAUCCUCACCUAUAAGAAGGGGAUUGUGCCUUCCACCGCUUACAGCUGGACUUCUUCAGAUCUUUUUAUACUUAUGUGGGUUUGAAAGGUGUCUUCCUUCUCCUUUUCACCAUUAAAAAUCUUAUUUUUACUGAACAAUCUGUUAACUAUUCUUAGAAAAGGAAGAUUUGUAAAGGUAACAGUUUUUAUGGACCAUGAAAACCUAUUAUAUUUUAUAAGCUUUUAAGGUACAUUUGACAGUAUGGGUUUCUUUUGUAUGAUAUCGCAAAGUUAUUUCAUUUUUUUUUUAACCAUUUCUGUUUUGUCUCAAGGUGGCUCUAAGUAUUUCUUUAACCAUCUUACUACAACUUCAGUCUCUUCACAGCAGUGUUUAAUGCAUGUUUGCUGUCAAUAAUAAACGUUUUAAUAAUCUUA